AUAUAGACAUAAGAACAGAGCAUUAUAACACUUUUUAGAGCUUUGAUUGUUGUUGCUGAGAUUAUAAUAAAUUAUUCAAUUAUUUAAUUUUUGUUCAUAUAUUUUGAAUAUGUCAACCGAAAAACCAGAAGAUGAGGGGGAUCCCGAAGCUUUGGAAGAAGCGGGUAUACUCGAAGCAGAUGUCGGUGCCAAUUUUGAUCAGCAGCUUGCCGGUAUAGAUCCUAAGUUGAAGAUUAAUAUGGACCCGCAAGCUCACAGCCACCUCCGACCUGAGAUGAUGUUCAUCCGAGAGGAAUUACGCCAAGCAAAACAACAGACCUUGGCGGUACGCCGCACAGCGCUGAAGAAACUUCUUCUGAAGGACGAGAUGCAGGAAGACUGUGAGCUAAGGAACAUAGGCUUAAGUUACGCGCCUCCCGAUCCUUAAUUGAAAAAUAAACCAUAUAUAUAUUUAUACCUUUU